ACCUGUUAAAUACUGUUGGGUUCUGAGGUAUCCCAGAGCCCAUACAGUGUACGUUAUCUUUAUUUUAAAAGGUUUUCUUUAGUAACUUCAGUACGUGUUACACGUUGUACAACAUGUUGAUCAUUUAUCCCUAUGUGUAUGUUAGAAGUUGGAAAGAAGUUGCUAAAUCAUUCAUGUCCCUCAGGUUGCUUGUUGGUAUUCAUUUUCACUGUGAGCAAGUAUAUGUGUGGAGGGAGAAGAAGGUUCAGCAAUCUCAUUGUGCGCUGUUGGAAAAUGUUAAAUGGCCAAUCACAAAAAAAUGGCCCCAAGUCAUGCAAAGCUAUUCCAAUACAGCUCCAGAAACUUGUGAAGUGCAGUAGCAUUUCAAGUUGCGGAUACCUAGCUGAUUCCUUCCCCAUUACAUGAAUCGUCCAACAGUUUGAAAGUCUGCCUUUCUAUGAGUAAGGUCUGAUGAUUGCACAAUAAACUGCAGCAUUGAUGUUUCCGUGCAAAUAUGAGUAAGUGAAGCAUUGUUGAAUAACAGGCAAGCGCGAUGGUGAUCGACAGACAGAGAGGGGGAAUAGAGAACAGUGUUGUUUUGGUCAGAUUGGUUUGUGUAUGUGUGUGUGUGGGGGGUUGAUGUCGUCCCUCACCUGCAAUGCAGUGCUGGGCUGUAUCAUCCAAUCAUGUCCCAGCUGUCGGCGAAAGAGGGCUGGGCCAGAGGCUGACGACAGCCAAGGAGAGUUCUCGGUCAGACGGAGAGAAAGAGAGACGUGAAUGUGUGAGAGAAAAAAGUGAGCGAGAGAGUCGGGGAGUGUGCAGUGGUACCCUGCGCUCCAGGACUCAGCCUCAGUGCUCAGCCUGCAGUUGAGCCUCUACAUUUCUCCUCUCUUCGCUCGUAUUCCCCAUCACUGCUCUGAUCCAUCCUCUCUCCUCUUCUCUGCUCUCUUCUGUUAUAAUCACUGCUUUUCAGUUGUCAGCACUGAUCGCUUUCUCCUCCUUCUCCUCCACUUGUACUUUUUUUUUAACUCUCUCCAUCCCUUUUCUGAACCUCUAAUACCUCUUUCUUUUCCUCCUGUUGGAUGGAGUAAGAGGCUUUUUCAACACCUACACCCUCUCUUCUCUGGGCCUCCUCCCUGCAUCAUCCCAUGGGUAUCCGUGCAUCUUGCAGACCAGAGCCUCAUGGCCGUGGAGGCGGCUCUCAGCCAGGUCAGGCAGAGUCUCCGUUACCAGAGCAGGAUGAAGAGAUCUUGGGCUCUGAUGACGAUGAACAGGAGGACCCCAACGACUACUGCAGGGGUGGAUAUCACCAUGUGAGGAUUGGAGAUCUGUUCAAUGGGAGAUACCAUGUGAUCCGUAAGCUUGGCUGGGGUCACUUCUCCACUGUGUGGCUGGCCUGGGAUAUCCAGGAAAAGCGCUUCGUGGCCAUGAAGGUUGUAAAAAGUGCUGAACAUUACACUGAGACUGCUCUGGAUGAAAUCAAGCUGCUGAAAUCAGUGAGAAACACAGAUCCCAGUGACCCUUACAGAGAGAAAGUAGUGCAGCUGCUAGAUGACUUCAAAAUUUCUGGCAUGAAUGGAACUCAUGUGUGUAUGGUCUUUGAAGUACUUGGGUACCACCUGCUUAAGUGGAUUAUUAAGUCGAAUUAUCAAGGGCUGCCUUCGCCCUGUGUUAAAAGCAUCAUACGACAGGUUCUGCAGGGUUUAGACUAUCUCCACACCAAGUGUAAGAUCAUACACACAGACAUCAAACCGGAGAACAUUCUGCUCACUGUGAAUGAGCCCUACAUCAAGAAGAUGGCUGCUGAAGCUACUCAGUGGCAGAAGACUGGCACCGCACCUCCCUCGGGUUCUGCAGUGAGUACAGCCCCAACUUCCAAACCAACAGCCAAAAUGUCAAAGAACAAAAAGAAGAAGAUGAAGAAGAAGCAAAAAAAGCAGGCCGAGAUGCAGGAAAAGAGGAUACAUGAGAUGGAGGGAGGAGCAUUACCCGACACCCGAGAAGAGGAGGAUGACGAGGAGACUACGGAGAACACUGAAGAUACGUCCUCAGCCACUCUUUCUACGUCUGCCACGCAGCAGGACAUCACUAACCAUACUAACGCAGACUUGACUCCCGAAGAGCAGUCUGCUCAUACGUCAGGGCUAAAUGAACAGAGGGAGGUUACGGCCGAUGACGAGAACAGAAUGGAGGUCAACUGCAACGGCCACGCCGCCACACCGGAGAAUGAGACCAGUCUAGAGGUUCGAGGGACCGAGCAAUGUACAGAGGAACAGGAGGAUCAACAGGAUGCAAAGCAACCAGAAAGCAAUAAAGAGACCGACAAUGCAUUUUGUGACAAAGAAGAGCGGCCAUCCUGUAACGGAAACUCUGAUACCGAGCAGCAACGUCCCCCUGCUUCACUCAGUCCAGACUCUGUCACUGUAGAGCUAAAAGAGGGAGACAAGAUAGAGGAGCAGAUGGACACUCUAAAGGAGACCAAAAGAGAAAAUGAGGAAGAGAACAGCCAGGAUGGAGCAACAGGAAGCAUGUUAGUAAACCCCCUGGACCCUCUCAAUGCUGACAAAUUGCAGGUUAAGAUUGCUGACCUCGGCAAUGCCUGCUGGGUGCACAAACAUUUCACAGAUGACAUCCAGACACGGCAGUACCGCUCUCUUGAGGUGUUGAUAGGAGCCGGCUAUAGCACACCAGCAGACAUCUGGAGCACAGCCUGCAUGGCCUUUGAGCUGGCUACUGGAGAUUACCUGUUUGAACCCCACUCUGGAGAAGACUACUCCAGAGAUGAAGAUCACAUAGCGCUGGUCAUCGAGCUGCUAGGCAAAGUCCCUCGGAAGCUGAUCUUGGCAGGCAAAUACUCAAAGGAGUUUUUCACCAAGAAAGGUGAUCUCCGGCACAUCACCAAGUUGAAGCCUUGGGGUCUGUUUGAUGUCCUGGUAGAAAAGUAUGAGUGGUCCAAAGAGGAGGCCCACUCUUUCAGCAGCUUCCUGCUUCCCAUGCUGGACCUGGUGCCUGAAAGAAGAGCCACCGCAGCCCAGUGUCUCUCCCACCCAUGGCUCUCAUCCUAGAGGAUGCCUGCACACACAGCUGCAUAUUGUGAAAAGGAUAAGAUGGGUUUGAAGGGCUUAAGCUUGAAAACGUACAGUAAACAAAUACUUCCAUUUCUGUGAGAGCCUGUGAUUCCAUCGUGCCUGUAGCCUGUUGUCACGGCUCUCACGGGUC